AUGGAGCAGCCGAACCUCUACGAGGUCGCCCCACGACCCCCGAUGACCAGCCUAGCCCACAUUCAGAGUCAGCAAAGCGCCUACUGCUACAAAGACCCGUCCGCCGCUGGAUCCGGCGUCGGAGCAGGAGAAGACCUCGGCGAGAUCUGUGAGAACGAAAACUCCAUCGACAUCAGCGCCUACAUCGACCCUGCAGCCUUCAACGACGAGUUCCUGGCCGAUCUAUUCCACAACAGCUCGAAGCAAGAGAAGCACAAGCUGGCGAACAGUGAGUACGAAUCGUACCCGCACGGGGUGAGCUCUGGCCCGGGAGCGCACCACCAACAGCUGCAGCAGCAGCAGGGGUAUGGUUGUAUGCCCGGGUAUAUGGACACAUCUAAACUUGAACCCAUUUACGACAACCAGUCCGCGAGAAUCAGACCUGUGGCGAUAAAGCAAGAGCCCAGAGAAGAAGAUGAAAUGAGCCAUUCUAUGCACCCCACCUACCACCAUUCCCAACAGCAUCUCCCACAGCACCUAUCCCAUCUCCAGUACCAGAUUGCGCACUGCGCGCAGACGACCAUGCAUCUCCAACCCGGACACCCGACGCCUCCACCGACUCCCGUCCCGAGCCCACACCACAGGGACGGCAGCAUGUCCUCCGUUGGAUCCAUGAAGAUGAUGGGACGCGACGACCGCGACCGGGACCGGGGUAAAUCCAAAAAGCGCGUCGACAAGGCCAGCACGGAGUACCGGUUGAGGCGGGAGAGGAACAACGUCGCGGUGAGGAAGAGUAGAGACAAGGCGAAAAUGCGCAACGUGGAGACGCAGCAGAAAGUGAUCGAGCUGGCGUCGGACAACGACAGACUGCGGAAGAGAGUGGAACAUCUUACCCGAGAACUGGACACAUUAAGGGGCAUCUUCAGACAACUUCCCGAUGGAUCUUUCAAACCCAUGGCCAACUGCCAGUGA